AUGUCCGUCUCUUGGCAUGAUGGCCAUAUCUCUGUUUUCCCUCAGAGACCACAUCUCUCUAUUGUUGGUUUCUCUCUUUCCCUUGAAAUCUUUGUCCACUUCUUUGUGUCCCUCUCGCCGUCUCUCUCGCAGAGCUGUCUCUCUUCCCUCCGCAAGCCUUGUCAAUGCUCGCCAAGCCUUAUCCUAGUCUGCAAUCGUGGUUUCUCUCUCUCAUGUAUUUCUGAUGGUUUCUCUAUCGUGAUUUCCGUACUGUCCCCUUGUUUGUUGAUGCUGCAUGUCAUUGCUCACCAAGCCGUCUCUCUUUCCUCCGUGAGCCUCGUCAACGCUCGCAGAGCCUUCUCUAUCGUGCUACACUGCAGGUGUUCCCUUUACACAGCCCUUGUUUCUUCCUCUGUGUUGCCGACUUGGUAUCGGCGACUCAAGCCCUAUCACUGUGUUGCUGCCUUGGUAUCGGCCUCUCACGCUCUAUCUAUGCUCAACCUGUGUUCUUCUCCCCUCUUAAGCCCAAUCUCUUUCUUUGGAUUUACUGUUGGUCUCUAA